GACCAAUGAUGAGAGUUUCACGCCCCUCUGAGCCCGCGUCUCUGAGUCCCUGCCAUAGCCCACACAGGGUGACUUCUGAUGUCCGUGAAUCAACUCGAAGCUGAAUCAUGGUCAUUCUGCAGCAGGGGGACUAUGUGUGGUUGGACCUUAAAACGGGGCGAGAGUUCGACGUCCCAGUCGGAGCCGUGGUCAAACUGUGUGAUUCCGGACAGAUCCAGGUUCUGGACGAUGAAGAGCGGGAACACUGGAUUUCCCCCCAGAAUGCCACCCACAUCAAACCCAUGCACCCAACCUCCAUCCACGGGGUGGAGGACAUGAUCCGGCUGGGCGACCUCAACGAGGCCGGCAUCCUCCGCAACCUGCUCAUCCGCUACAACGAAUGCGUCAUCUACACAUACACAGGUUCGAUCCUGGUAGCGGUGAAUCCCUACCAGCUGCUCCCCAUCUACACUGCUGACCAGAUCCGCCUCUACACCAACAAGAAGAUCGGUGAGAUGCCGCCGCACAUAUUCGCCAUAGCUGACAACUGUUACUUCAACAUGCAGCGGAACAACAAGGACCAGUGCUGCAUCAUCAGCGGUGAGUCUGGAGCCGGAAAGACUGAAAGCACAAAGCUGAUCCUGCAGUUCCUGGCAGCAAUCAGUGGUCAGCACUCUUGGAUCGAGCAGCAGGUCCUUGAGGCCACGCCUAUCCUCGAAGCCUUUGGGAAUGCCAAGACCAUCCGAAAUGACAACUCCAGUCGCUUUGGGAAGUACAUUGACAUCCACUUCAACAAACGAGGGGCCAUCGAAGGGGCCAAAAUAGAGCAGUACCUGCUGGAGAAGUCCCGUGUGUGUCGACAGGCUCCGGAUGAGAGGAACUACCAUAUUUUCUACUGUAUGUUGAAGGGCAUGGCUCCUGAGAUGAAGGUGAAGCUGGGCCUGGGACGGGCCACAGACUACUGCUACCUCACCAUGGGUAACUGCACUGAGUGUGACGGUCGGGACGACCUGAGUGAUUACUCCAGCAUCCUGUCGGCCAUGAAGGUUCUCAUGUUCACCGAGACAGAGAACUGGGAGAUUUCCAAGCUGCUGGCUGCCAUCCUGCACAUGGGAAACCUGCGAUUCGAGGCUCGAACUUAUGAUAACUUGGAUGCCUGUGUGGUGGUGAGAUCUCCGGACCUGGUGACGGCUGCCGCACUCAUGGAGGUGGAGCCCAAAGACGUCAUGGUGUGUUUGACCACCCGGACUCUGAUCACGCGCGGUGAAAGCGUCGCCACACCUCUCAGCGUGGGACAAGGCCUGGAUGUCAGGGACGCUUUCGUUAAGGGGAUUUAUGGGAGGCUUUUUGUCUGGAUAGUGGACAAGAUCAAUGCCGCCAUAUACCGCCCUCCUUUCUGCGAGGGCAACAUCCUGCGAAGGUCAAUCGGGCUCCUGGACAUCUUCGGCUUUGAAAACUUCAUCGUCAACAGUUUCGAGCAGCUGUGCAUCAACUUUGCCAACGAGAACCUGCAGCAGUUCUUCGUGCGGCACGUCUUCAAGCUGGAGCAGGAGGAGUACAACCUGGAGGACAUCAGCUGGCAGCACAUCGAGUUCACCGACAACCAGGACGCCCUGGACAUGAUCGCAAACAAACCCAUGAACAUCAUCUCUCUAAUUGAUGAGGAGAGCAAGUUCCCAAAGGGAACUGACGCUACGAUGCUUUACAAGCUCAACUCGCAACACAAGCUCAACUCCAACUACAUCCCUCCUAAAAACAGCUACGAAACCCAGUUUGGCAUCCAGCACUUUGCUGGAGUGGUGCAUUACGAAACCAGAGGCUUUCUGGAGAAAAACCGAGACAGCCUCCACACCGACAUCAUCCAGCUCGUCCACUCGUCGAAAAACAAGUUCAUCAAGCAGAUCUUCCAGGCUGACGUGGCCAUGUUUCUGUGUGGCUAUCAGCAGCCCAGCACCCCCACUCCCAAGGGCGUCGAGACGAGGAAACGCUCCCCGACUCUGAGCAGCCAGUUCAAACGCUCCCUGGAGAUGCUGAUGAGGACGCUCAGCGUGUGCCAGCCGUUCUUCGUCCGAUGCAUUAAACCUAACGAGUUCAAGAAGCCCAUGUUAUUUGACAGAGAGCUGUGUAUCCGUCAGCUGCGAUACUCCGGCAUGAUGGAGACGAUCCGGAUCAGGCGGGCAGGUUAUCCCAUCAGAUACACCUUCGGCGAAUUCGUCGAUCGUUACCGAGUCCUGAUGCCGGGAGUCAAACCUGCUCACAUACAGGAGGACUUAAGAGGGACCUGCCAGCAGAUCGUCUUGGCCCGACUCGGGAAACACGACGACUGGCAGAUUGGAAAGACGAAGAUAUUCCUGAAGGACCACCACGACAUGCAGCUGGAGAUCGAGAGGGACAAAGCCAUCACCGACAAGGUCAUCCUCAUACAGAAAGCUGUGCGAGGACUUAAAGAGAGGACGAACUUCCUUAGGCUGAGGAGCGCAGUGAUUUUUCUUCAGAAGGUCUGGAGGGGUUAUCGAUGCAAGAAAAACUACCAAAUUAUGCAGUCGGGCUUCCUGCGUCUCCAGGCAGUCUACAGAUCCAGGAAGUUCUACAGGAGCUACCGACUGACCCGCCUCCGCGUCACUCUCAUCCAAGCCCGCUGCCGCGGCUUCCUCGUCCGGCAGACGUUCUGGCGGCGUCUCCGGGCCGUGCUGACCAUCCAGGCCCACACCAGAGGCAUGAUAGCCAGACGACUCUGCCAGAGGCUCAGGGCAGAGCUGCAGCACCGCCUGGAAGCCGAACGCCAGCGCCUGGCCGAGGAGGAGCGGCUGCGAAACCAGAUGACGGCUCGGCGGGCCAAGGCCGAGGCCGAGAGGAAGCACCAGGAGCGGCUGGUCCAGCUGGCCCAGCAGCAGGAGGAGCGGGACCGGGAGGAGAAGGAGGAGGCCAGGAGGAAGAAGGAGCUGCUGGAGCAGAUGGAGAGGGAGAAGGAGCAGCCCGUCGAUCACUCCGACAUGGUCGACCGCAUGUUCGGGUUCCUGGGGAAUUCUGGGCCGCUACCCAACCAGGACGGACAGGGGCCGGCUGGCUUUGAGGACUUGGAAAAUAAACCUCAGGGGGAAGAAGUUGAAGCGGAACUGGUGAACGAGGCUCCGCCCUUACCCGACGACGAAGAGGAGGAUUUGUCUGACUACAAAUUCUCCAAGUUCGCCGCCACCUACUUCCAGGGUGUUUCCACUCACACCUACAUCAGACGGCCUCUCAAACAGCCGCUGCUCUUCCACGAGGACGAGGGGGACCAGCUGGCAGCGCUAGCGGUGUGGAUAACAGUCCUGAGGUUUAUGGGCGAUCUCCCAGAGCCAAAAUGUCAGAUGGUUAUCAACGACGGCAGCGAGAAGAUCCCCGUCAUGACCAAGAUCUACGAGACGCUUGGCAAGAGGACGUACAAGAGGGAGCUUCAGGAGCUGCAAGUGGAAGGAGAGAACAGCUCCAUCGACAGCCAGAAGAGGAACAGUGUCCGGCAUAAACUGGUUUCUCUCACUUUGAAGAGGAAAUCAAAGAUCACAGAGGAGGUCACCAGGCGGCUGACGGACGUGGACUACAGUCUUCAGGGUAACAGCAUGCUGGAGGACCGGCCCACCUCAAACCUGGAAAAGCUUCACUUCAUCAUUGGCAAUGGCAUCCUGCGGCCAGCGCUCAGGGAUGAGAUCUACUGCCAGAUCUGCAAACAGCUCACACAGAACCCAUCGAAGAGCAGCCACGCCCGCGGCUGGAUCCUGCUGUCUCUGUGCCUCGGCUGCUUUGCCCCGUCGGAAAAGUUCGUCAAGUACUUGCGGACAUUCUUGAACAACGGCCCUCCGGGUUACGCUCCGUACUGCGAGGAGCGUUUACGGAGGACAUUUGUCAACCGCACCCGAACACAGCCGCCCUCUUGGUUGGAACUGCAGGCUACAAAAUCCAAGAAGCCCAUCAUGCUCCCUGUCACGUUCAUGGACGGCACCACAAAGACCCUCCUGGCGGACUCCGCCACCACAGCCAGCGAGCUCUGCAACGCACUCGCAGACAAGAUCAACCUGAGAGAUCGCUUCGGCUUCUCGCUGUACAUCGCUCUGUUUGACAAGGUGUCGUCGUUGGGCAGUGGCAGCGACCACGUCAUGGACGCCGUCUCGCAGUGUGAGCAGUACGCAAAGGAGCAGGGCGCCCAGGAGAGGAACGCCCCCUGGAGGCUGUUCUUCAGGAAGGAGAUCUUCCACCCCUGGCACAACCCCGCCGAGGACUACGUUGCCACGAACCUCAUCUACCAGCAGAUCGUCCGAGGGGUGAAAUUCGGAGAGUAUCGAUGUGAGAGGGAGGAGGAUCUGGCAGAGCUGGCCUCUCAGCAGUACUACGUGGAUUAUGGCGCCGAGAUCCUCCAGGAGCGUCUGCUCAGCCUCAUCCCGUCUUACAUCCCCGACCGAGAAAUCACCUCCACUAAGACGGCAGAGAAGUGGCUCCAGCUCAUCGUCAGCGCCCAUAAAAAGGGACUCCACACCAAAAGGAGGCAGAACACUCAGAGGGUGAAGGAGGACGUGGUGGAUUUUGCUCGUUUAAAGUGGCCUUUACUCUUCUCACGCUUCUAUGAGGCCUUCAAAUUCUCAGGACCGAGUCUACCCAAGAACGACGUGAUCGUGGCAGUGAACUGGACGGGCGUUUACUUUGUGGACGAACAGGAGCAGGUUCUUCUCGAGCUUUCGUUCCCAGAGAUCACAGCUGUGUCCAGCAGCAGAGGGGGGAAACUCCAGGGUCAGAGUUUCACCCUGGCAACUAUGAAAGGAGAUGAGUACACGUUUACCUCUAACAACGCAGAGGACAUUCGAGACCUGGUCGUCUCCUUCCUUGAAGGUCUGAGGAAGAGGUCCAAGUAUGUGGUGGGACUGCUGGAUUGUUCGACCCCUGCGGGGGUCGAUUCCACCUUCCUGAGUUUCUCCAAAGGAGACCUGAUCAUCUUGGAUGAGCACAACGGCGAGCACGUGAUGAACUCCGGCUGGGCUCACGGCAUCAACGACAGGACCAAGCAGAGGGGAGACUUCCCUGCUGACUGCGUCUACGUCCUGCCCACCAUCACCAGGCCGCAGUACGAUAUCGUGGCUCUUGUCACUAUGACUCCCGAUCAACGGCGAGAGUCCAUCGGUUUGUCCAACAUGAACGUGUCCGACCAGGAGGACAAAUCCAAAGCCUACACACUGGAGGAAUUCUCUUACGACUACUUCAGGCCUCCUCCCAAGAGCACUCUGAGCCGGGUGAUGAUCUCUAAAUCCAGAGGAAAGGAGCGUCUGUGGAGCUGCACCAGGGAGCCCCUCAAACAGCCGCUGCUGAAGAAAGUGCUGGCUCACGAGGAGCUCUCCCAGGAGGCCUGCCUGGCCUUCAUCGCCGUGAUGAAGUACAUGGGCGACUAUCCGUCCAAACGAGUCCGGUCUGUCAACGAGCUCACCGAUCAGAUUUUUGAAGGAGCGCUGAAGGCUGAGCCACUCAAAGACGAAAUCUUCUGUCAGAUUCUCAAACAGCUCACAGAUAAUCACAUUAAGUACAGUGAGGAGAAAGGCUGGGAGCUGCUGUGGCUCUGCACCGGUUUGUUCCCUCCCAGUAACAUCCUGCUGCCUCACGUCCAGAAGUUCCUCCAGGCCAAGAAACACUAUCCGCUGGCUCCGGACUGCAUGCAGCGGCUGCAGAAAGCCUUACGAAACGGAUCGAGGAAGUAUCCUCCUCACCUGGUGGAGGUCGAGGCCAUCCAGCACAAAACCACACAGAUCUUCCAUAAAGUGUAUUUCCCUGAUGACUCUGACGAGGUCUUCGAGGUGGAGUCCAGCACAAAGGCCAAAGACUUUUGCCACAACAUCUCCGGGCGUCUCAUGCUGAAAUCCUCCGAGGGCUUCAGCCUCUUUGUCAAGAUCACUGAUAAGGUUAUCAGCGUGCCAGAUGGUGACUUCUUCUUCGACUUUGUGAGGCACCUGACCGACUGGAUUAAGAAAGCCAGACAUGUAAAAGACGGUGUAGUGCCUUCGCUGACUUACCAGGUUUUCUUCAUGAAGAAGCUGUGGACGAAUACUGUGCCGGGAAAGGACUCGAUGGCUGACUCCAUUUUUCACUACUACCAAGAGCUGCCUAAAUAUCUUCGUGGCUACCACAAGUGUUCCAAGGAGGAGGUGCACCAGCUGGCGGCGCUGAUCUACAGGGUGAAGUUCGAGGAGGACAAAUCUCACUUCCACAAUAUUUCUAAGGUCCUGAAGGAGCUCGUUCCUCAGGACCAGAUCAGACAUCUGUCGCCCGACGACUGGAAAAGGUCCAUCAUGACGCUGUUCAAUAAGCACUCAGGAAAAACUCGUGAAGAAGCCAAACUCUCCUUCCUGAAAAUCAUUAACAAAUGGCCCACGUUCGGCUCGGCCUUCUUUGAAGUCAAGCAAACAACUGAUCCAAAUUACCCAGAAACCCUUCUGAUCGCCAUCAACAAACAUGGAGUCAGUCUGAUUGAUCCCAAGACCAAGGACAUCCUCACCACUCACCCCUUCACCAAAAUCUCCAACUGGAGCAGCGGCAACACCUACUUCCACAUCACCAUCGGGAACCUGGUCCGAGGCAGCAAGCUGCUCUGCGAGACCGCCCUGGGCUAUAAAAUGGACGACCUCCUGACCUCUUACAUCAGCCAGAUGCUGACCACGAUGACCAAACAGCGAAGCUCCCGGGGCAACAGCAAGUGACGGACAGCUGGAAGCUCGCCGACCGUCCCGGCUCCAUCCUGAAACCACGUGCACUCAUGUUACUGUUACUGUUUGUCGGCCCUGUCUUAAAACUCACCUUUUGCCUUUAAGAGACAUUUCCCCCCCCCCCCCCCCCAAAAAAAUCAAGACGUGUAUCAUUUCUUUAUUAUCAGUUUAUCAUCUCUGUGCUGU